ACUCGUGUGUGCGGCCGCAGUCACUCGUGGAAUCCGUGAAUCGUGUCAGUGCUCCGGCGGACGCGAUCGCGCGCGAGUGUGUCGUCUCAGCAGCGUCGUCUCAUCGUCAUCGUUGCCGAGAGGUCGUCGAGAGACGCGUCGAGAGAGGUGAAGCUGCGUGAGAAAACACGGUGAAAACGUGAACGAGAGAGAGACCAGGCGACACACGAAUGUGACGCGAAUCUUUCCGAGAGAAGUGAAAAACGUGAGAUUCUUGAAGAUUCGCGGGAAAAAGCGCCGCGUUCCUCGCGGAUUCUCCGAGGGAUCCGACCUUCGAAGGCUACGAACGUGCAACAGCUCGUGUGUUCAAGAAGGCGCACGCACGAGGUAGAAUCGGAAACGGAAGUUCCUCGAGAGGAUUCAUCCUCUUUCUCUCUCUCUCUCUCUCUCUCUCUCUUUCUCUCUUCCGGCGAGGAGAGAUACUCGCGAUACGCCGGAGGAGAAGUAGACUGGCGAUUAGCACGACACUGACAAUCUCUAGCUUCGUGGCACCGCAAGGCUGGCUGGCACCGCGUCCGUCCCUGACGGCUGUUACCGCUGAAUCUCGAUACGAUACGCGAUCUACGACACGGUUAUCGAUCGUAUCGCGUGCCCCAUUGUGUUCCUCGAAUGCAUAGAUGCAGACCUGAUGGUCGACGUUAAACACUAACGGAGAAUAUAUACAGCCACAGAGAUCGAAAGUCUGACGACUACGCCGGUUUUUUUCCUCGCGUGUAGUCGCUAAUAACUCAACCACCGAAAUAUUCUCAGCUUAUUCGUUUUUGUAUUACGUUGUGUGAUCGUCGUGUUGCUACGUCGCGCGGGAGUGUGUCGUUCACUUUGCGUCCGAGUGGUUCGUGACUCAGGUCCGGAGUACGCACAUGUCCGCGUGCUCGAGGUUUCGCGGCCACGAGAUCGUAUCACUGCCAACGAGAUAAGGGAGCUUUCGACGAAGAGAGAUAGAAAGAGGAGUGUACUUUACUCGUGGGACCAACGAGUCGCCAAAAAUCACAGCGGUGUCUCUGGUUAAACAGGUUAUUCGUCCAAAGGCGACAAAAACCUUUCGUCUCUUGCCAGCGACGAAACGUCCUCGUGGGAGGGAAGAGGAGAUUUUCAGAGCAAAAUAAUACGCGCGACCAUGGGCGAUUGAGAGAUCGCCGUGAAAAGCACACGCGCGCGCCUGAUAUACGAUUAUCGGAGUAGUGCUGUUUGCUCGAUAGAUAGAUAGAGGAAGAGAGAAAAAAAAAAAAGAUAGAUAGAGAGAGAAAGAGAGUGCGUUAUAUGUGUGAUACAGGGUGCAGACGUCGGUCAGGUCGUUCGAUAACCCGCGUGUGUUCCGCGAAGUGACAACGGCGAUCCGAUACGCGGAACGAUUCGUUGUUUCGUCGAGGCGAAAACGACAGAGUCGGACGAGAACGACGAAACGGAAAGACCGUGAGAAACUUUUCGAAUCGCUAUAAGGAAGAAGAAGAAGAAAAAGAAGAAGAAAGGAAGUGUUUUCGACGUCGUUUGGAGAAGAAUAUCCCAGCUUGCAUCCGAUUCUGACUCGCUCGCUCGCGUCUCCGGAGACAGCUGUCGAGAAUCCCGAGCCGAUGAGAUCGAAGCAGCGGGACGCGAACUGAAAACGCGCGGCCGCCGUCGUUUCGAAGGCUACUUAAAACGGCCAUUGAGCAUUCGUCGGAGUGCUCGAAUUACCCACAACAGGUGGCUCGCAACUCCGCCAAUACGAGCGGAACAACAUCGGAAACACCGGGCGGCUUGUGGGAGUGCAGCAAGUGCCUGGACGAGAUGCGGCUGAUGCAGAGGUUGGCGGUCAGCGGACUGCUGUCCGUGAUACUGAUCGUCCUCCUCACCGGCACGUUCGUCACGCGUCGCGACCUGGCGAACGCCGUGGAGCGUGGCGUGGCGCCGGAAGAGCGAAACGAGCAGCAACUGAAUCCAGCCUGGGUGCAGAACAACAUGGUCCCUGGCCAGGACGAGCCGAAACCCGAAGAUAAGGAUCGCCGGGUGGACUUCAAGCACAGACAGGCAGAGCCAUCCGCGGUCGGACCCCCGCCGGUUCCUGUGCCCGGCCCCUACGUCAUUAAACCGCCUAAUCCACCCCUGGAUGACGUGACUAAUCAGCGCCGCGAGAAGAUCAAAGAGAUGAUGAAACACGGCUGGGACAACUACGUGAGGUACGCCUGGGGAAAGAAUGAGCUACGACCGAUCUCGAAAAGAGGUCACAGCGCCAGCAUUUUCGGCGCCUCGAACAUGGGCGCGACCAUCGUCGAUGGUCUCGACACCCUGUACAUCAUGGGCCUUCACGACGAAUUCAAGCAGGGCCGCGACUGGAUCGCCGAGAACCUCGACUUCGAUAUCUGUUUGGUCUUCAAAACUAGGGAAUUCAUGCUGAAGUACGUUUCGUGCGUGCUCAUGAGCUUGGGCUCCUUUGCAAGGUACAACAUAAAUUGGUAUCAACUUCAUACAGCGAAGAAGUUUAUGGACAAAAUAAAACGCGACAUGGAAAUGGAACACGGCAAGGCACUUGAAAUUAUGAAGAAACACGCUUACAUGGGGAAAGUCUACGGGUUACGAUUCGGAUCGAUUUUUUAUUUCGCAUUAGUAAUCAUUGUAUUCUAUUACUCGUCAAUCUUUAUUUAUGAGAGAAUUGUGCCUACGAACGAAACUCGUCUGAGGAGAUUUCCCAUAACUACGGAAUACCUGAUACUUGAAGAGAAAUGUCGUUUACUCACGUUUCUACAUAUGAACUUUUCGAUGAUAAUUUGCGCAACUAUCUUCGCGGGAACGGAAAUGUUAACUAUCCUGUGGCUCAAACAUGCUAUAGGUUUGAGCGAGGUUACCAGAAAUUUGAAAUACCAGUGCGAUGACAGAACAAGAAGUGAUAUAACAAAAGCUGUAAUCGCCCAUAAAAGAGGUCUAGAAUAUAUCACGGAGGUACAGGACAACAACGCAUUCGCAUAUGCUGUCCUCCUUCUGUUUGCUAUCACUUCUCUAGCAAUUAAUUUUUUUCGCCUGUCCGUAUCGCAAUCCGCAUUAUUUUCAUCCGAAUGCGAAGAAGCAAUUGCCAGUAUUUUAUUUAUCAUUGGCGAAUUAGUGUACAUGUUUUACUUGAAUUACUUGUGCGAGCAAGCGUACGAUUACUAUACCAACUUUUCCAUGACAAUUUUCCACGACAACUGGUACGAAACUACUAUUGCAACCCAAAAAUUGUUGUUGUACAUGAUGUUGAGAACCAACAAGACAUUCUCGUUCAACGUUUACAAUUGUUACACCGGCACGGUAGAAGGCUUUUCGUCGUGUUUGGUCUUCGUAACUAAGGAAUUCAUGCUGAAGUACCUAUCGUUCGUGCUCAUGAGCUUGGGCUGCUUUGCAAAAUACAAUAUAAAUUGGUAUCAACUUCAUACAGCGAAGAAGUUUAUGGACAAAAUAAAACGCGACAUGGAAAUGGAACACGGCGAGGCACUUGAAAUUAUGAAGAAACACGCUUACAUGGGGAAAGUCUACGGGUUACGAUUCGGAUCGGUUUUUUAUUUCGCAUCAGUAACCAUUGUGCUCUAUUAUUCGUCGAUCUUUGUUUAUGAGAGAAUUGUGCCAACAAACGAAACUCGUCUGAGAAGAUUUCCCAUAACUGCGGAAUACCUGAUACUUGAAGAGAAAUGUAUUUUACUCACGUUUCUACAUAUGAACUUUUCGAUGCUAAUUUGCGGAACUAUCUUCGCGGGAACGGAAACCUUAACUAUCAUGUGGCUGAAACAUGCUAUCGGUUUGAGCGAGAUUACCAGCUACUACGUGAGAAGAACUAUUAUCAGUAAUUUGAAAUACCAGUGCGAUGACAGAACAAGAAGAGAUAUAGCAAAAGCCGUAAUCGCUCAUAGGAGAGGGCUAGAAUUUAUCCAGGAGAUGCAGGACAACAACGCAUUCGCAUAUGCUGUCCUCCUUCUGUUUGCUAUCACUUCUCUAGCAAUUAAUUUAUUUCGCCUGUCCGCGUCGCUAUCCGAAUUGUUUACACCCGAAUACGAAGAAGCAAUUGCCAGUAUCUUAUUUAUGGUUUGCGAAUUAAUGUACAUGUAUUACUUGAAUUACUUCUGCGAACAAGCGUACGAUCACUAUACCAACUUUUCCAUGACAGUUUUCCACGACAACUGGUACGAAACUACUGUUGCAACCCAAAAAUUAUUGUUGUACAUGAUGUUGAGAAGCAGCAAGACAUUCUCGUUCAACAUUUACAAUUGUUACACCGGCACGGUAGAAGGCUUUUCAUCGCUGGUGAAAACCUCAGUGUCGUAUUUUAUGAUGAUAUCUUCCAUGCAGGAGUAAUACUCUGAUCGAUGAGAAUGCAGACUCUUAGAGAAAAAUAUUCAAUUAAGUAGUACUAAUAAAAUAGUUAAAUUUUUA